CCUUCCUCUCUCUCUCUCUCUAUUAUUUACAGACUAAAUCCAUCUUCUCUCUCUAACUCUGUUUGAACUUAACAAUGGCUCUCGUAAGAGAACGUCGACAGAUUAAUCUCAAGCUUCCAUUACCCGAAACAAUCGAUCGCCGCCCACGUUUCCCCAUACCCAUACCUCCAAUCUCCACCGCUUCCACAACCACCUCCUCAUCAUCUCUUUCAAUCGCAACCGACUUCGAAAAACUCCAAGUACUCGGCCAUGGUAACAGUGGAACCGUCUAUAAAGUUCGUCAUAAACGUACAUCCGCAAUCCACGCUCUCAAAUUCGUCAACAGCGAUUCAGAUCCAAUAAUCCGCCGUCAAAUUCACCGUGAAAAAGAAAUCCUCCGCCGGACCGAUUCUCCAUACAUAGUCAAAUGCAACGACAUCUUCGAAAACAUCAACGGAGAUAUCGCGAUCUUGAUGGAAUAUAUGGAUGCAGGAACACUACAAAAUCUUCUUCAAACAAAAGGAACUUUCAAUGAAUCAUCUCUCUCAUCAAUCGCACGUCAAGUUCUUAAUGGGUUGAGUUAUUUACAUGGGCAUAAGAUCAUUCAUCGUGAUAUCAAACCUGCGAAUUUACUAGUGAAUAAGAAAAUGGAUGUGAAAAUUGCUGAUUUUGGAGUUAGUAAGAUUAUGUGUAGGACGCUUGAUGCAUGUAAUUCUUAUGUGGGUACUAGUGCUUAUAUGAGUCCGGAAAGAUUUGAUCCAGAAACUUAUGGUUUAGAUUAUAAUGGGUAUGCUGCUGAUAUUUGGAGCUUAGGGUUGACGUUAAUGGAGCUUUAUAUGGGUCAUUUUCCAUUGUUACCACCUGGUCAGAGACCAGAUUGGUCUACUUUGAUGUGUGCUAUAUGUUUUGGUGAGCCGCCGAGUUUGCCGGAAAGUUCGUCGGAGGUUUUUAGGAGUUUUAUUGGAUGUUGUUUACAGAAACAGUCGGAUAAGAGGUCGACGGCGGAGGAAUUGUUGAAACAUGCUUUUGUGUCGUUGGAGAAGAUGGUGGAUUAGGAUGGUUAUGAAAUAAAAUGUUGUAAAUAUGAAGAAUGGACCCAUAAAGUUUUGAUUUUUUUUUUUCAUUUGUGUUA